GUGGGGGCAGCGGGAUGCUGGUGGAAGCAGAGGGGGCCGGCCGGGUGCCUCCGCUGCUCAGCUGGCACGGCCUGGCCGGGAGUGUGCCGCUGCCAGUGGGUGCCCCACGCCCCACGCCUCCCCAUGCAGCCCUGGCAGUGCCUCCGGCGCUUUGCCCUGGCCUGGUGGGAGAGGACAGCGGAGGGCAGCGCCCGCUCUCCCAGGGAAGAGGCUGGAUCCAGGGACCCCGGGGGCCGAGGGGAGCCAGGGCUCCAGCGUGCAGCGGGAGGGAAGCCUCCAGGACUCUGUUCCCUCUGUUUAAAGUCUCCAGAUCCCGAGCGGAGCAGCCCCCCCAUGCUGUCUGCUGACGAUGCCGAGUACCCGCGGGAGUACCGGACCCUGGGCGGCGGGGGUGGCGGGGGCAGCGGGGGCCGGCGCUUCUCCAAUGUGGGACUGGUGCACACGUCCGAGCGGCGGCACACGGUGAUCGCGGCCCAGAGCCUGGAGGCGCUGAGCGGGCUCCAGAAGGCGGACGCCGACCGCAAGCGCGAUGCCUUCAUGGACCACCUGAAGAGCAAGUACCCCCAGCACGCCCUGGCCCUGCGAGGCCAGCAGGACAGGAUGCGGGAGCAGGUUGGCGGCUGGACUGUGGACCCCGUGUGCCUCCUCAGCUCCCUCUGCUCCCACCUGCAUGGCGACUCCGCCCCCUCCGGGGCUGGCCAGCCGGCCCAGCAGCCAAACUACUGGAGUUUCAAGACCCGUAGCUCACGCCACACGCAGGGGGCCCAGCCUGGGCUGGCAGACCAGGCGGCCAAGCUGUCGUACGCCUCGGCGGAGUCCCUGGAGACCAUGUCGGAGGCCGAGCUGCCCCUGGGCUUCAGCAGAAUGAACCGUUUCCGACAGAGCCUGCCCCUCUCCCGCUCUGCCAGCCAGACCAAGCUGCGAUCACCAGGGGUGCUGUUUCUGCAGUUCGGAGAGGAGACUCGGCGUGUGCACAUCACGCACGAGGUCAGCAGCCUGGACACGUUGCACGCCCUCAUCGCGCACAUGUUCCCGCAGAAGCUCACCAUGGGCAUGCUAAAGUCGCCCAACACCGCCAUCCUCAUCAAAGACGAAGCUCGCAACGUCUUCUACGAGCUGGAGGACGUCCGGGACAUCCAGGACCGAAGUAUUAUCAAGAUCUAUAGGAAGGAGCCACUCUACGCUGCUUUCCCUGGCUCACACCUCACCAACGGGGACCUCCGGAGAGAGAUGGUGUACGCGUCGCGGGAGUCGUCGCCCACGCGGCGCCUCAACAACCUGUCGCCGGCGCAGCACCUGACGUCGGGUUCGCCCCCACCGGGGCUGCCGUCCGGGCUGCCGUCGGGCUCGCCUUCGCGCUCGCGUCUCUCGUACGCCGGGGGUCGCCCGCCCUCCUACGCCGGUAGCCCCGUGCACCACGCCGCCGAGAGGCUGGGAGGCGCCCCGGCCACCCAGGGCGUCAGCCCCAGCCCCAGCGCUAUCCUGGAGCGGCGCGACGUGAAGCCGGACGAGGACCUGGCGGGCAAGGCGGGCGGCAUGGUGCUGGUGAAGGGAGAGGGCCUCUACGCGGAUCCCUACGGGCUGCUCCACGAGGGCCGCCUGAGCCUGGCCGCGGCCACCGGCGACCCGUUCGCCUACCCGGGUGCGGGUGGCCUCUACAAGCGCGGCUCGGUGCGCUCGCUCAGCACCUACUCGGCCGCCGCGCUGCAGUCGGACCUGGAGGACUCGCUGUACAAGGCGGCGGGCGGCGGAGGCCCGCUCUACAGCGACAGCUACGGCUUCCGCCUGCCGCCCUCGUCGCCGCAGAAGCUAGCCGACGUGGCAGCGCCCCCCGGAGGCCCGCCGCCGCCGCACAGCCCCUACUCGGGGCCGCCCAGUCGCAGCUCGCCGGUGCGCCAGUCUUUCCGUAAAGACUCGGGCUCCUCGUCAGUCUUCGCCGAGAGCCCCGGAGGCAAGGCCCGCAGUACCGGGGGCGCCUCGACGACUGGAGCCCCGCCUCCCGAGCUCUUCCCCGGGCCUGGGGAGCGCCCGCUGGUUGGCUUCGGGCCGCCGGUGCCAGCCAAAGAUACGGAGACCAGGGAGCGUAUGGAGGCCAUGGAGAAGCAGAUUGCCAGCCUCACGGGUCUGGUUCAGAGUGCCCUGCUGCGAGGCUCGGAGCCCGAGACCCCCAGUGAGAAGACCGAAGGCUCCAAUGGAGCAGCCACCCCCUCAGCCCCUGGCGGGUCAGGAGGCCGGAGCAGCGGGGCCACCCCGGUGUCUGGCCCUCCCGCGCCCUCGGCCAGCAGCACCCCUGCCGGGCAGCCCACUGCCGUCAGCCACCUGCAGAUGCAGCUGCACCUGCGUGGCCUGCAAAACAGCACCAGCGACCUGCGCGGCCAGCUUCAGCAGCUGCGCAAGCUCCAGCUACAGAAUCAGGAGUCGGUGCGUGCGCUGCUGAAGCGCACAGAGGCGGAGCUGAGCAUGCGCGUGUCGGAGGCGGCGCGGCGGCAGGAGGACCCGCUGCAGCGGCAGCGCACCCUGGUGGAGGAGGAGCGGCUGCGCUACCUCAACGACGAGGAGCUCAUUACCCAGCAGCUCAAUGACCUGGAAAAGUCUGUGGAGAAGAUCCAGAGGGACGUGUCCCACAACCACCGGCUGGUGCCCGGGCCGGAGCUGGAGGAGAAGGCACUGGUGCUGAAGCAGCUUGGGGAGACGCUGACCGAACUCAAGGCUCACUUUCCAGGUUUGCAGAGCAAGAUGCGGGUAGUGCUGCGUGUGGAGGUGGAGGCGGUGAAGUUCCUGAAGGAGGAGCCACAGCGCCUGGACGGGCUGCUCAAGCGCUGCCGCGGGGUCACAGACGCACUGGCCCAGAUCCGAAGGCAAGUGGAUGAAGGCGUGUGGCCUCCCCCCAGCAGCCUACUGAAUCAGUCCCCCAAGAAGGUGACAGCCGAGACUGACUUCAACAAGAGCUUGGACUUUGAAGUGCCACCCCCCAGCCCCCCGCUGAACCUCCACGAGCUGAGUGGGCCGGCCGAGGGCCCCCUCCUCACCCCCAAAGGGGGCAACCCCACCAAAGGCCUGGAUGCGCCCGGCAAGAGAAGCGUGGACAAGGCGGUGUCUGUUGAGGCUGCCGAGCGGGACUGGGAGGAGAAGCGGGCAGCCCUGACCCAGUACAGCGCCAAGGACAUCAACCGGCUGCUGGAGGAGACGCAGGCAGAGCUACUGAAGGCCAUCCCGGACCUGGACUGUGCAAGCAAGGCCCACGCAGGCCUGGCCCCCACCCCUGACCACAAGCCCCCCAAGGCCCCCCACAGUCAGAAGGCAGCCCCCCGGACGGAGCCCAGUGGCAGGAGGGGCUCAGAUGAGCUGACGGUGCCCCGAUACCGCACGGAGAAGCCCUCCAAGUCGCCCCCACCGCCCCCGCCCCGCCGGAGCUUCCCCUCCUCCCACGGCCUGACCACCACCCGCACCGGUGAGGUCGUGGUCACCAGCAAGAAGGACUCGGCCUUCAUCAAGAAGGCUGAGUCAGAGGAGCUGGAGGUGCAGAAGCCCCAGGUGAAGCUGCGCCGCACCGUGUCCGAGGUGGCCCGCCCAGCCUCCACGCCACCCAUCAUGGCCUCUGCCGUCAAGGACGAUGACGAUGAGGACCGCAUCAUCUCAGAGCUGGAGGUGUUUGAGAGAAGCUCAGUGUCCUCCCUCCCCCCCACGCCCCGUCGCCAGCCGAUUCCCACCUUGCUGUCCCCCCAGGACCCAGGGCCCCCCUGGGGCUCAGCCCUGGGCCCCACACGGAAGGCUGUCCCAGGCCCCAGGGCCUUCUGCAUCCCCCGGAUCAUCUUGACAGAGUGCGCCCCUAACCCUCCCUCCCCUCCAGAAGAACCUGGCCCCAGGAUUGCCCCCACCCCACAUCCCUGCACUCUGACCAGCAGCAGGAAGGGCUGGGACAACCCACAGGCCCUGCUGGGGAGACCGGCUGAGGACUCCCGGCCCAGAAGCAGCUCGAUGCCGGAGAAGGAAGGGGCAGCUCUGAAAAGCUUUGGGAGAGAGUGUUGCAGCCCAGAGGAUGGAGGAGCUGGAUCCCCCUGUCUUUGGGGACCAUCCCUGGACGGGACUCAGGAGCCCUCUUCUGCUGAGGCCCCCCCAGAGGAGACUCCCAAGGAUUGCAGCGGGGAGUGCUGGGGCCAGCCAGCCGCAGGCCGAGGCUGCACCGUGAGAGAUGCCACCACCCAGCGCGUGGACAGCCUGGAGGAGACGCUCCGGAAGCUGGAAGCCACACUGAGCGAAAUGGGCACAGUGUCCGCCAUGGGGCCUCCUGGCAGCCCCGCCCCCCGGCCCCCCGGCCCCCAGGUGGCUGUCCCCUACCCUGUGCUCCCCUCCUGCCUGCACACUCCAGUCUGUCUGUCUUCAGAGCUGGAGGGAGUCGGGGGCUGCAGGAGCACCACGCCAGCCCCCUCCUCCCACUGGCCGCCUCUCAGCUCCUGCCACCCUCUGGGAGCCCGGCACCAGGUGGCGGUUUGUGUGUAGCGCCCAGGGGAGGCUGGGAAGCCGGCCUAACCAGGGGUCUACCCACCCAGCCCUAGGUGGGGACCAGGGUGCCUCCCCCUCUGUGCUGAGUCUGUAAAUGAACAAAUAAAGUUCUCUCCCCCUUUUCCAACCACGC